AUGGGAUAUCAGCAACAAGUCAGUAAUGUGCCACUAACAGCGCCGUCCGCGAACAACCUCAGUCGGACGAACAGCAACGAGAGCGACGCAGUGUACCCCAGCUAUAGCGAACAGCGCAAGAACCACUCUUUGUUGGGUCGACAACCCAGUGGUGGGGUCGUGUAA